AUGACUGAUUUCUUAAACUCCUCAAACUUUGACUCAUCGGAUACGGAAUUAAAUACGACGACCCAGGCUAGUAAAAUGGACACGAGAAGCCGAGCUGGCAAAAGCCAGACUACGGUAAGGAGGGAGGGGCUUAGGAGUGCUAAGUCCCAAGAGGUAAAAAAGGCGGGCGAGAUUUGCGACAGCGACAGGUCCAGGUCCAGAUCUAGAUCGCCUAUCAAGAUCGAUGAGUCGACGCCGUUUACCACCUCUAGGGAAGAGGACUCUGAUGAUGGUAAAAAAGCCAUCAAGAAGAGAGAAGGAAAGUGGGAGAUCCCUAGAGACGAGGAUGAGAACACGGACGAGGAACGCCUCAUAGAGAAGGCCACUAGAGGCAGGGGCAGGCCGGAGACAACGGGGGGAUUCCGCCUUAAGAAGGAAUUUAUGGCAAGAAAACAGGCCAUAAUAGCGCAACAAAGGGAAGAAUUCCUACUUAAAGGCAUGGAAAACCCGACGGAGGAGUUUCAGGAUUGUACCUCUAAUAGAAAGUACAAGGCUGAAAUUAAACGAAUAACGGAACACUUAGAGGAGGCCCCUUUCCGAGACGUAACGGCGUCCAUAUUGGAAGCAUCUACCAAAGUGUUGGGCUUUUCGCAGAAAUCGAAGAGUCUCAAGGGCACGCACGUAAAGGCACUUAGAGACGCUGCGGCGGCGAUUACGGCAGGAGCUAACGUUAUGGCCAUGCAAAUGGCGCAUGACAAAUGUGGGGACAAUCUAGACCUCAUAGAGGAGCUUCGGGCGGAGAACGCGAACCUAAAAGCGUCUCUAAAGGAAAUGAAAAAGGAGCUGGAGGAAGUGAAGGAGAUGCUCCGCGGUAUAAGGGAGGCUCCGCUGCAUGUAGCGGUGUCCUCCCCGCCCGCGAAGCACCCGGGGAACGUGAGUCAGGGUGUGGGAGAGACACCGCGGCGUGUACCGAGUGCUCCCCCGCCCCUGACCUACGUAGAAAGGGAAAGGGCGAUAACUCCACCCGCGGUGGACAUGAUGGAGGAGGAGGAGGAGGCACCGAUAGGGAUCAUAGAGGUGCAAAAGGGGUUGAUCCCAAGGGAGAGGAGACGCCCAAUAAGGGAGAAAAAGGAAGCCAGGGUCGCAAAAUCAGGCCCCAAAGUCAGAGAGAACAUCCUCCUGGACAAAAGGGUGAGAAUAGAAAGAAGGGAAGAACCAGAGAGGAAUGAAAGGAAGGGACUGGAGGGCAACAUAACACAAAUGGUGUUCAAAGCCUUAAACGAGUGGAAAGCACAAGUAAAGGAGCUUCCCAAAAAAGGGGCCGGGAAAGAAGAAAAGGCAAAGGGAGUGGUGAGCCAGGGUGUGGUACAACAACAGCGGGGAAACAAAUACGAACAGGAGUACCCACAACUACCACCCACACGAGCCCAAAGAAAGGAGCAGCAGGCGCAGAAAACUCCCACACCACAGGAAGAAAUGUGGACGAAAGUAGUGGGUAGGAGGGAAAGGAAGAUGGAAAAAGAAACGCAAAAAAGGCAGGAAAUAAAAAGGGUGAUAAAUAUAGAAAGAAAGGAGGGGAAGAAAAAUAGGAGGAGAGUCCCCAACACGGCGGCGGUAAAUAUUACCGCCGAACGAGAGCAGUAUAAGGACCUAUUGACGGAAGCUAAAAGCAAGAUCGAUCUCAAAGGGAUUGGGAUCGAGAAGAUCAGGACAAGAGUGGGGGCCACCGGCGCCUUGGUGAUAGAGAUACCGGGGGAGCAUAGGGGCACACAGGCGGAUCAACUUGCCAAUAAACUAAAGGAGGUACUGGCAGAUAAAGCCAAGAUCAGUAGACCCCAGAAAAUGGGAGAAAUAAGAGUGAAAGGAAUGGAGAUAUCCACUACGGAAAAUGAAGUGGCAGAGGCUGUUGCCAGAGUAGGGGGAUGCCAGACAGGAGAGGUGAAAACCGGUAAAAUGAGAGUGGCCUGGAACGGGUACCGGACCUUAUGGGUACAAUGCCCCCUCGUGGUGGCGAAGAAGGUUGCGGAGGAGAGAAAAUUAACAAUAGGAUGGGCGCUAACAAAGGUGGAACUAUUGCAGGCGAGAGCACUACAGUGUUUCAAGUGCAUGGAGAAAGGGCAUGUACAGGUUAACUGUAAGAAUAGCAAAGACAGACGCGCAAACUGCUAUAGAUGUGGAGAAAUUGGACACCUGGCUCGGGAUUGUAACUCCAGAGUCAGGUGUCAGAUUUGUGCGGAGGUUGGCGUCCAGUCGAACCACAGGAUGGGGGGGCCAUCCUGCCGUCCCCCAAAGAGGAGGAAGAAUAUCCCUGGGGAUGCAGUGGAAGGGGGCUUAGGAAUAGCGGCAGAGCCCCACCAUGUCCCCAGGAACCGCAGAUGGUUCGGGGACGAGUUGGGCUCUGUCGCUAUUGUGUGGAAGGCGAGCAGCCGCUCACCCCCUGCCAAAUAUUUGGACCGCGGCAGGGGGUUUGUUGUGGCCAGGUGGGGAGCCGUCACCGUGGUCGGGGUAUACCUCCCCCCAGCAAAGAGCCUGGGCUUGGUAGAUUACGAGUCCAGGCUCCAAGAAAUGGGAGAUGUCAUCAAGAGACAUCUCCCGGGUCCUGUCAUCGUCGCCGGCGAUUUCAACGCCAAAUCGGAGCUGUGGGGCUCCCGGCGCGAUGACAGGAGGGGGGAGGUAACUGCGGAUUGGGCCGUGGGCCUAGGUCUGCACAUAAUGAAUGAUGGUGUAAAAUCCACAUUCGUGGGGUCGAGGGGGGAGUCUAUUAUAGACUUGUCUUGGGCGACCCCCUCGGCCCUGCGAAGGGUGCGGACCUGGAGGGUGGCGGAGGAGCUCGAAUCGUUGUCUGACCAUCUCUUGAUAGAGAUGGAGCUCUCCGUCACCCCCGAUGGCCUACGGCCCCGUAAUAAGGACGGACCCCGGCCCGGUAGAUGGGCUCUGGCCCAGCUGAACAGGGAGGACUUGGAAAUCUCCCUGAUGGGCUCCACCUGGCCACAAAGGAAGGACGGGCAGGACCUUGACUCUGAGGUCAUGGAGGUUAUGCAGGUUCUCGCACUCGCGUGCGAUGCCUCCAUGCCCAGAGUCAGGGCCUGCCCAAAACGAUGCGCCUGGUGGUGGACCGAAGAAAUUGCCGCGUUGCGGCGGAGGUCGGUCCACCUCAGGCGCGCGUUCAGAGCGGUACGCUGGGACGCGGACCCUGAGGUCACUCUGGCCGCCCGGCAGGAGUUCUGCGCUGCAGCGAAAGAACUCCGGAAUGCCAUAGGGGUGGCCAGAGGAAAGGGGUGGGACAACCUCCUCCUCUCGCUGGACGCGGAUCCGUGGGGGCGCCCAUACAGGAUGGUGAUGCAAAAGCUGAGACCAUGGGCGCCCCCUCUGACGGAGACGCUUGACUCCCGGUUCCUGGGACGGGUGAUGGGGACCCUAUUCCCGGUUGGGGGGGAAGACCCCAUCACCCAGUACACAACCCCCUCCCCCGAACAACAGGGGGAGGUUCCGGGAGUCACCGAGGAGGAGGUGGCCGAGGCUACCAAAAGGGUCAAGAGCGGGAAAGCUCCGGGACCCGACGGUAUCCCCGGCCGUGUCCUCACCCUGGCCUCAGGGUACAUGAGCGGCAGGCUCGCCAGCCUUUUCACAAAGGCAGUGAAGGAACGAAGAUUCCCCCCAGUCUGGGGGAGGGCCAACGUGGUCCUCCUCCGAAAAGAGGGCAAGCCGGAGGAAUCCCCCUCCGCGUACCGGCCCAUAUGCCUCCUGGAUGAGGCGGGCAAGCUCUUUGAGCGCAUAAUAGCAGCCCGCCUCAAGAGGCAUAUGUCCCGGGAGGGUCCUGACUUAGGUGACGGCCAGUAUGGCUUCCGAGAGGGCAGAUCAACUGUGGAUGCAGUGUUGCAUCUCAAGUCCCUCUCGGGGGCCAUAGUGUCGGAGGGCAGGGUGGCGGUCGCGGUAUCCCUGGAUAUCGCGAACGCGUUCAACACCCUGCCCUGGGGUAGGGUGGUGCAAGCGAUGAGGGGUUAUUUCCGCUUCCCACCCUACCUCACGGCCGUCAUAGAGGACUACUUCCGGGGUCGGCGUCUCACGUGGAUGGACGCCGAUGGCACG